AUGAAGACUAUCGAACAGCGGUUGGUGGAGAGAUUUAUGCGGUAUUCCGCUAUAUCUAGCCAAAGCAAUCCUUUGAAUAUUGGUAAGUGUUUGCCAACCUCACCGGGACAGCAGGAACUUGCUGAACUGAUUGCAAAUGAACUUCGUGCAGCUGGACUUGAUAAUGUUCUGUGUGAUGAACAUGCUACAGUGACAGCAGUACUUCGGGGUACCAAGAAGGAUUGUCCAACUAUUGGGUUUAUUGUACACCUUGAUACAGUUGACGUUGGUUUAAGCCCUGUGGUGAAGGCACAACUGCUGCGUUAUGAGGGUGGUGAUGUUUGUUUAAACAAGGAGAAGGAUAUUUGGCUGCGUGCGGCAGAACACCCGGAGAUUAAGUGCUACGCCGGACAAGAUAUUCUCUUCAGUGAUGGCACAAGUGUUCUUGGUGCCGAUGACAAGGCGGCUGUAUCAAAUGUGAUGGAGAUGAUCACCACUCUGCAACAGCAACGACAAGACCAGAAAGAGGAGCACGGUGAUGUUAUCAUCUGCUGUGUGCCUGAUGAAGAGAUUGGGCUUCUUGGGGCUAAAAAUCUUGACAUUCAAUCGCGUUUCAACGUGGACUUUGCCUACACGAUUGACUGCUGUCAGUUGGGUGAGGUGGUGUUUGAGAACUUCAACGCUGCGAAGGCGGAGAUCAUCUUCACUGGUGUCACUGCACACCCAAUGUCUGCAAAGGGAGUGUUAGUGAACCCGCUGCUGCUUGCCGUUGACUACAUAUCGCGAUUUGACCGCGCCGAGACGCCAGAGCGGACGGAGGGCCGCGAGGGGUAUAUUUGGUUCUCCGACCUGCGUGCCCAUCAGAGCGAGGCGGUGCUCAAAGUGAUGGUGCGGGACUUUGACGAGGCGAAGUUCGCGGCCCGUGUGCAGCAAUUACACACCGCCGCCGAGGCCCUCCGCAGCGCACACCCCACCGCCCGCGUCGCCGUGAAGGUCGAGCCGCAGUACCGCAACAUCGCCGCCGCACUCGCGGGCGAAGGCGGAGCGGCCGCCGUUGAAGUUCUCCGCGCCGCCAUGCGGGCCGCAGGCGUGGAGCCGAAAGAAACGCCCAUGCGGGGCGGAACGGACGGCGCAGCGCUCGCCGCUCACGGCCUGCCAACACCGAACUACUUCACAGGCGCACACAAUUUCCACUCCAAGUUUGAGUUCCUCCCAAUCCCGUCCUUCGUGAAGUCCUACGAAGUGACGAGGCACAUCGUCUUUGAGGCAGCAAAGGUGCAGAGACCAAAGAAGGAAUCCGGCCACGGGGGAGUUAAGGGGUGUUCGCGCCUUUGA